AUGCCUACCGAAAGACCCAAAGUGAAAGACUUAUCCGAGCUACAGCUCCACCAGCAGUUGGGAAAAGGUGCCUAUGGUGCGGUGUAUCUUGCUUCAUUAAAGGCUGUGCCGUACACCCAGGUAGCUGCCAAAGUGAUAGACUUAGAGCUAGAACACGAUAUCAACGGGGUAAAUAACGAGAUUAUGAUCUUGUCCUCGUGUUUUCUACCCCAAAUCACGUCCUACUACGGGUCCUUUGUCCGCGGGUGCAAACUUUGGAUUGUUAUGGAGUACAUCGAUGGGGGUUCGCUCUUUGACUUGAUCAAGGCCAUCAAACACAACUCUACAAAGCCCUACGCCGAGCAAACAAUCAUCAGCGAAGGCCACAUUUCCGUCAUGUUGCGAGAAGUAUUGCUAGCAUUGGAGUACCUCCACGAUCAAGGCCAGAUCCACCGGGACUUGAAGUCCCAGAAUAUUCUCAUGAACAUGCUGGGGGAAGUGAAGCUAUCAGAUUUUGGGGUCUCUGCCCAGCUUGCAUCCAAUUUUUCGCGCAGAAACACCACAGUGGGCACACCCUAUUGGAUGGCACCGGAGGUAAUCGCCAACGAUUUCGGCGGCCACAGUUUCAAGGCGGAUAUCUGGUCCAUCGGGGCCCUUGCAUACGAGCUCAUCACCGCGCUUCCUCCCCUCCAAAACUUAUAUCCCCCAAUGGUCGCCUUGAGCAAGAUCCCAAAAUUGAACAGAGUGGCCCACAAGCACGGAAGAAACAAGGUUUCGUAUUCGAUGGAGUUUAUUGACACAAUCAAGCUCCGUGAAUUGACUGUCAGCGAUUCGUUUAAGGAUUUCAUGCUUAAAUGCUUCAUAAUCGAUCCCAGCGCCAGACCAAGUGCCUCCAGGCUUCUCAAGCACAGGUUCAUCACAAAAUACGCAUCUAAGGAUACCAGCACGCUAGUAACCAUCUUCGAAGACUUGAAGCUAUACGGCAACAAGUCUACAAAAGCCAAGCCGUCACCGUACUACAUCCCCACCAUUAAUGAACAC